CAUGUAGUUGCUGCCCAACGAAGAUGGGUGCGUCUACAUCAUCGUGCAACGUUCUGUUUUAUCGUGCACCUACGAUAUUUCGUACAAAACGAACAGCAGCAAAACAUGGGCAGAGUGCGCAAAUAAAUUUCGUACUUUUGCUCACAAUGCAAUCCUUGUCUUCUUGUCGAAAGAAUCACAUUUCGGUAAAAAUCGGUUUGGAUCGUACGAGAAGGAGAAAUUUCAAGACUCUGUCGGCCUCGCGUCAUGUCGGAAUGAUUCAAGUACUCGGUUACUGAGCCUUGGCGGUGCAGAUUUUCGACGGCUGCGUAGGAAUACGGACAGUAACAAAUGUAGUGCAUCGUUGUACAUGUUGAUGUUCAUGAUGCAUGCAUCAUCUGAGGAGCAAUGAUGUAUCUCGAACACUUACAUACAGUUUCCCAUAUAUAAUCCCCAACUACUGACACAAAUACCCGUUGUGCUUCGUCUUGUUUUAAUCAACGGGACCUAUUCUUGACAUACAAACAGUCGUCGCACGAAACCAGCAGAUCAUUUCUUUUAGUUGUUCUACCUGAAAAUAAUGUGUGGUGGCGAGAAGAUCCCCAAUCCCGUGUACCGGCCCAUGCGGCUCAGCCAGCAGAAGGCGGAAGGCGAGGCUUAUUGGGAAGAGGAGGACUACGGUGACGAUGGCUGGGAAGGCCACGGCCACGGCUAUGACGCGGAAGGCGAGGCCUACUACGAGGAGGAGGACGAGGGCUACACUUCCGAAGUCGAUGCGCAGGACGACUACGGUGGGGGCGCGCACGGCGAGGGAGAAGCGUACGUCGACUUUUUCUUUACUGAUGUUUGUUGUGUCAUUGACGUGACUCCGGGAGUGUGUUUGUAGUGUGUGCCUGUUGUAAUUCCGUAUUGGUUUGUUCAAAAAUGUGGAGGUUGCUAAUUCGUAGCAGCUGAGCACAGUUUAAGUUUUCAAUCGUGUAGUAAUUCUGCGAAUGAUGUCGUUUAAAAACUACACUUUUUGUGCACACUCUGUCAAAACAGGUGGGGUCCAGAGGAAGACGAGGGCUACGACGAAGACGAAGGGUACGGGUAUGAAGGCUACCAUUACCAAGCGGACACCGCAUCGAAGGCCAGUUCUUUGUCGUCGAGCCGAUUGAGUGUUGGUGCCGAUAACCUCGAGGAGCUCAGACAAAAAUACUACGCUAUGGCCGCCAGGGAGGUGUGAAGUACCGAGAAAAAAACCCCUUCUGCUUCAGUAGCAAAUGCCCCCCUCCCCCCGCCGUGAGGCUUCGCCAUGCUUCUUUUCUACUACACUAUCUGUGUUUAAGAAUGAGACCAAGUUCCUCAAACUAAAACAUAGUUUCGCGAAAAAGAUCAACUUUUACCCCGAACAAGUCCACAUCAGUUUCAUGUUCGAUCCCUUUAUUUCCAAGCGAAUUUGUUUCGACUAGACCUAGAGUGAAGCAUUUGUCGAGUACUUCACAGAAUUUGAUGCCUCUCCGUUUCUUUUUACACAGAGGUCGCAAAGAGAGACGUAACAACCAAAGCAACACGAGAUUGCGGAACCAGCAAGAAAACACGAAGAACAAUCUCUCUACCGCGAGUACUACCAGACGGACCCAGAGAACCAUUGGAAAACUAACCACACUUCUACAGUAACUUACUGUAAUUACUCUUUUCUCGAAGCGUGUGUGCAACUGCUACGAUGCAGCUGAGCACAGCGACGGAGG